CUCAGUCUCCUGCCGGCACCGCCUCCUCUCCGCUCGGCUGCUGAGGACAGACUCACAUCGGAAACUUCUGCACGGGGACACGGGAAGGCAAACGGAGAGGGGUGUGAAGCCACCACUGCCGCUGAGCCCCUUGAGAAACCCGUCUAGGUGUUUUCCACUUCUGUGAGGACUUCUUCAAGGUCCAUCACCUCUUGCUGACAAAACGCCGAAGACGCUGCUGGCUCUCCGAUCUUUUGCAGCCAUGGCCCAGCAGAGCGCUGAGCUGUCCCUCUGCUAGGCAACGGGGCAUCCGAGAGGGCAGGAGACAUGUUGGAACAGAGGCACGGGGACCACUGCACUGAAUUUUGUUACUAUAGCAACUACUGUAGUAACCAUGGAGAUGCUAUGGAGGACUGGUCUGGUCUGCACUUUCAUUGUCGUCAUGGUUGCCACCCAGGUCGCAGGAGGUCACAAAGAUGAGUUUGCUCAGUCACAAGCUGCUUUCCUAUCCAGUCUAGGCCAGUAUGAGAUCGCCAUCCCAGUACGUGUAGGACCCAGUGGCGAGAUGCUGGACUCAAAAAUGACUGAACACCACCAAAGAAGAAGGCGCAGCACUGAAGACAGGCUUCCUGACUCUCUCUUCUACCAGCUGUCGACAUCCCGGAACAACUUCCUGCUCAACCUGACGCUACAGGGAAGCCUGCUGUCACGGCAGUUCCAGGUGGAGUACUGGAAGAGGGGUCGUUUAGCCUGGAGUCACCCUUACUCUCCUCAUUGCCACUAUGUGGGACACCUCCAAGACCAACCGCAUUCCAGCAAAGUGGCCCUGAGCAACUGUAACGGCCUGCAGGGGGUGAUUGUUGCUGGGGGAGAGGAGUACCUGAUUGAACCCCUUGUCUCACCAGAUAACCAAACCGGGACAGAGAGCGAGGAGAGAGCAGAGGGGCGCCCCCAUGUGGUUUAUAAGCGGUCAUCGCUCCGCCAUCAGUACAAGGGCCAAUCCUGCGGAGUCAUUGACGAGAAGCCGAUGAAGGGCGCGUCGUGGUGGCAGCGGACGCUGAAGACGCCUCCUCAUCACGUCGGCCGUGGCCAGCUGCCUCUGAAGCGUUCGGUCAGCCGGGAGCGCUACGUGGAGACGCUGGUAGUAGCUGAUAAGAUGAUGGUGGGUUAUCACGGCCGCAGGGACAUCGAGCAAUACAUCCUGGCAGUCAUGAAUAUUGUUGCCAAACUGUUCCAGGAUUCUAGCCUGGGGAAUGCAGUCAACAUCGUGGUGACGCGGCUCAUCCUGCUCAUGGAAGACCAGCCCACACUGGAGAUCAACCAUCAUGCGGGGAAGUCUUUAGACAGCUUCUGCAAGUGGCAGAAAACCAUCCAGCACCGCAGCAGCUACGGGAACGCCAUACCUGACAACGGCAUUGCUCAUCACGACACCGCCGUGCUCAUCACCAGGUAUGACAUCUGCAUCCAAAAAAACAAGCCCUGUGAAACUCUAGGUCUGGCUCCGGUAGGAGGGAUGUGUGAGCCAGAGAGGAGCUGCAGCAUCAACGAGGACAUCGGCCUGGGGACGGCCUUCACUAUCGCCCAUGAGAUUGGACACACGUUUGGGAUGAACCAUGACGGCAUGGGGAACGCCUGCGGGCCCCGCAGCCAGGAGACUGCCAAGCUGAUGGCUGACCACAUCACCAUGAAGACAAAUCCGUUCAUCUGGUCCGCCUGCAGCCGGGAUUACAUCACCAGCUUCCUGGACUCAGGUAUGGGCUCCUGCCUGAACAACGUCCCGCCAAAGCAGGAGUUUGUGUACCCCACCACAGCGCCAGGUCAGGCCUACGAUGCAGACGAACAGUGCCGCUUUCAGUACGGCGUCAGGUCUCGACAGUGCAAAUACGCGGAAGUCUGCAGUGAACUUUGGUGCAUGAGUAAGAGCAACCGUUGUAUCACAACCAGCAUUCCCGCUGCAGAGGGAACCAUCUGUCAGACCAACACCAUAGAGAAAGGGUGGUGCUACAAGAGGGUGUGCGUAGCGUACGGGACUCGCCCACAGGGUGUGGAUGGAGGCUGGGGUCUGUGGUCUCCCUGGGAGGAGUGCAGCAGGACAUGUGGAGGCGGCGUCUCCUCUUCUGUCAGACACUGCGACAGCCCCAGACCAACUAUUGGUGGGAAAUAUUGCCUAGGAGAGAGAAAACGCUUCAGGUCCUGCAAUAUAGAUGACUGCCCCGCAGGCUCUCGGGACUUCCGAGAGAUUCAGUGUUCCAACUUCGAUAGCAUCCCCUUUCGGGGGAAAUUUUACACCUGGAGGCCUUACAGAGGAGGUGGGGUGAAGCCCUGCUCUCUCAACUGCCUCGCAGAAGGAUACAACUUCUACACCGAGCGCUCUCCCGCUGUGGUGGAUGGCACGCCGUGCCGAGACGACUCUCUGGACGUGUGUGUAAACGGAGAGUGUAAGCACGUCGGUUGCGACCGUGUCCUCGGCUCAGACGUACGCGAGGACCGCUGCCGGAUCUGCGGCGGCGACGGGAGCAGCUGCACGUCUGUGGAGGGAGUCUUCAACGACUCGCUGCCAGAAGGAGGUUAUGAAGAGGUGGUCAGAAUUCCCAAAGGGUCCGUGUUCAUCCACAUACAGGAGCUCAACAUCUCCCUCAACUACCUUGCACUGAAGAGUAAAGGCGAUCAGUACUUCAUCAAUGGGAAGCUCAACAUUGACACGCCACGCAGGUUCAAUAUCGCCGGCACCACGUUCCACUACAGGCGGCCCGCCGAUGGGCCGGAAAGUCUCGAAGCUCUGGGGCCGACAAACAUCACCCUGUUCGUCAUGGUGCUGGUGAGGGAAGAAAACCCAGGGAUACACUAUCGUUUCAACCCGCCCCUCAGCAGGGAUCCUCUGAAUGGCUUUGCCUGGCACUACACCUCGUGGUCUCGCUGCUCAGCUCUCUGCGCUGGAGGUAUGCAGAUCCAGCAGGUGGUGUGUAAGAAGCAGGCGGAUCAGUCAGCCGUCUACAACCACUUCUGUGACAAGAAGAGCAAACCCAAAGAGAAGAGACGAUCCUGCAACACUGAGCCGUGCUCCCCAACCUGGUGGACAGGAGAGUGGUCAGAGUGCAGCCGCAGCUGUAACGGCGGCCUGCGGACUCGGGAGGUGUUAUGCAAAAGGAGGAUCUCCACAACGGAGGAGAAGAUCCUGGACGACUCAGCCUGCACCCCCCCUCGCCCUUCAUUCACUGAGCCCUGCAACAACCACAGCUGCCCCCCUGAAUGGCUGGCCCUGGACUGGUCGGAGUGCACCCCCAGCUGUGGCCCUGGCUACAGGCACCGCGUGGUUUUGUGUAAGAGUGGGGAGAGUGGCGACACGCUGUCAGAGUCCAAGUGUCCAAAACUUGGCCGGCCCACCUCCAGGGUCCGCUGUAAUCUGCAGCGCUGCCCUCCCCCUCAGUGGGUGACGGGUCCCUGGGGAGAGUGUUCUGCAAAGUGUGGUCUGGGUCAGGAGAUGCGCUCAGUGCAGUGUCUGACCCACACGGGACAGCCCUCCAACGAGUGUCUGGAUCAUCAGCGGCCUGUAGCCAUGCAGCAGUGCAAGAGUAAAUGUGACACCAGUCUGCCCGUCAGCAUAGAAAACCCUGAAGAGUGCAAAGAUGUGAACACUGUGGCCUACUGCCCCCUGGUGCUCAGGUUCAAGUUCUGCAGCCGGCCAUAUUUCAGACAAAUGUGCUGCAAGACGUGCCAGGGACACUGACUCCACGAGCAUCCGGCAUCCAUCUUUGGGUCCUGCACACUCACACAGUAAGCCUGAAACCCUCCCACUGAGCCUCAUAGCAGCACCCCUCACUCUGCCUCCGUCGCAGGAGCGUGGGAUCUAACUGGGACGCCAUCACACGGACGCCCGGUCCUAUAUCUGGUCAGAGGAGCUGUUAUUCUCCAGCCAGGACCCAGAUCGGACACCUCUCCGGGCCGAGCUGAGUUCAUACAUUCCACUGGAGGGAAGGCUGUUGAGACCCGGAGAGGCAGAGAGACUGAGAUUACCUUCCCCCCUCUCUCUCUCUGUCUCUCUAAACUUUCCCUUUAUUCUAAUAUUUUGGUGCUACUGUAUUUCUCUUUGGCCACAGGACUGGUUGCAGUACUUUUGAACCCCGCUUGUUUGUUUGAGUGUCUGAAAAGUUUAGCCUUAGCUCUUGAACCUCUGUGUUAGGCGGUGAUAUUUGCUUAGUUAGUCGUUUUUCAGAAAUCCACUUUGUAAAGACAGUUAUUUUCCAGAUCAUCCCCACCCACAGAAAAGGAAUACGGUUGCAGGUAGAUCAUCUGCGUCUAUGUUAUCAGAUAGCUUUUACUUGACCGCGUCGUUUUUAUGUCGUUGCUUUGUUCCGUGUCGGCGUAUUCAUCGAGUUCUCGCUGUUAUUCAGCUGAAGUAUGAGCAGAGUCCGAUUUGCACAAAGAGUUUGAGGAAUUUUGUAUUUCGUGUUCGUUUUCGUGUGAUUUGAUGUCUGUGUGGAGACUAUAAAUGUCUCGCCGCAGUGAACAUGCCACAGUCUUGCCAUGUCGGUUACUUUGCUUAAACGUAAUCACCUCGGCUGUACGACAUCGCUUCUGUCGACGGCGCUUCAUCCACGAAGGAUCCAAAUGAAGGAAAAUCCACUCGUCAGAGCGCGCGGCACGUCACGGUGAGCCAGCGCUGCCUGCGGGAACAUGCACGGCGAGGAUGAGAGAAGACACCUGACCAGGCGGCCUUUCAGAGAGCGUUGUUAUCGCAGGGGUGCGCGAUUCACAGGCGGCCUUAAGCCUUCGUUCAGACUCCUGUGGGAGCAACGCUGACAUCACAUUUCUCAGUUCACGUGUGGUCAUGUCACCCUCUCAGCAGCUGGGAGCGCGCCAGCCACAGGCUCGCAUUGUCUUCCCCGUUGCAGUGCAGGAUUCAUGCAUGACCAAGUUUUAAUGACCCACUUUUCCAAAUGCAGUUUCAGCUGCUUUUAUAUUACAGAUCAUGCCGCCUACUGCGGCUCAGCAUGAUUCAUCAGAUCUGACGGCAUAAGCGUGACAUGUGAUGUGCUCUGAAAGCCCGCUGUGGUUCCACUUUUCGCAGAAGUCCCCGCUGGUCACAGCUGAAAGCAGCGCCACGUAACGCUAAAUGUCAUCACAAUGAGAGGAAGCUGCAGCACGUCUUUAAUUGUUCUUCCCUUUUUUGUUUUCUCCUAUGGUGCUCUGGUUUUGAAUGGUGCUAUCACUUCACUGUUGUUGCCGGUUUAAACACUUAGAAUCCGUUUGAGCCUUUUGUGUUGAGUACUGACCUGCAGAGGUGGCCUGUGGCGUGCAGCUGCUUGGGGUCCUGCACCUGCCAGGCGCUGCGUUUGGGUUCCUCUGAUUUUUCAUACGUAACGCUGCUUUACUCGGGCUGCGGUCGAAUAGUCAGUCUUUCCUGGGAAGCGUCUACGUAGCAGCUGUAAUAAGAGCUCCGGUGCGUCUUUAUUACCUCAUUUAGCAGAUGAGUCCUUUUUUACACAGCCGGCAGAAAACGCAGCAGGAUCAGGCCGAGCAGGUGACCUGUCCCAGCACGGUAGACCCGCCUGCCCAGCAUUAGGCAGCCCACUGCCAUGAAUCCUCCUCCACAUCUUUCCGUGACCUCAUCAUGCUUCCCAUCCAUGUCAGCAGGGAGCAGGAACGUUUCCUUCGUCUUUUUCCUUUUUUCCUCCAGCUGUUCGACUGCAGCCUUCAGUGCAGCGCCUUCAAAUCCCAAAGUGCAGCUCACCACAUUUGUGGAUCGUUUGAAAAACAAAACAUUUUGAUAUUCAGAAAACUGACUUUUGGAGAUCUGUGCACAGCUUCUCAAACAUUACCCUGCUAAUCAUCAAGUAUAUUUAUAAGAAGUGCACUCGGGUAUAACCUGUAACAUUUGAGAGCGUAAUUGUUGCAGAGAAUCCCGUUAAAGCUCAUUUACACCUGGUACCGACUCGCCAUCGCGUCAGCUGCGCACACGUGAUUGUGUCACGGUGCAAACGCUGGUUAGCGUCACAGAUGUAGUUCACGUCUAAAUCGCUUUUAAUGAUCGAACGCUGGAGCGACGGCGUCGCCGCUGUCACGCGUGCACGAGCCGACAGGGAGGAGAGCCGGCAGACGCUGAACGUUUCCCCUGCAUCGACAUCACUGAUACCAGGUGUAACUGUGGAGCUAUGACGAGAGCGCAAACCCGACUUACCUGAUCCAAGAGGAGGGACAGCUUCAGUAUUUGUUAUUCUGUUUUACACAUGCUAAUUAUAACAUGACAUGUACUGUAUAUUGUUUAAUACUAUAGAAGACGAAUCCAUUUGUCCCCCAUGUAAAUCUUUUGUCAAAGGAAAUAUUAAAAAUGAUUAAACGUGGUGCAAUGUUGA